AGUGCACAACUAUCCGCUGCAUACCGUGGAAUUAAUUUAAAAGUUUAAAGUUCCUUUAUGAAUAGAUCGAGAUUAGAACACCUGUUCGUGAUGUUCUGACAGGCAAAAGGUGGAGCAUGACUGUAUGGAUUAUUUGCAUACAGAGAGCAGUCCUCGCGAGUCUGAGUGGAGCCAGAUGUCCCAUGAAAACUACUCUGCAGGGUGGGGGGCUGCGACUGACUGGUCUCCGGGUGAGGGGAAUCCGCAGGCCCCCCUGGUGACUCUGCACCUUCUGGCCAACCCGGGCUGUGGGGGCGAAAUCCAGAGGAUGACCAGAGUGGUUCUCCAGGUCGUGGUCCCGCCCCCAACCCCUCCAACGCUGGUUUGGGUGUCGGAGUGUGAGCGGCAUCGAGAGGCUCCGCCCAUCGAGGCCAUGCCCCCGGGGCUCCUCCCUCAGCCCGCCCUGGCGGUGGUGCUGUUCCUGCGGGAGGAGGAGGAGGAGGAGGAGGAGGGCCUGGGGGAGAACAGGGCGCUGACGUUCCUGCGAGCGCACAUGUCCCGCCCGCCAUGGCGGUACCACCACACCGAGGGCCUGGCCCCACGCCGGCGAGGGAUCCGCCCCUACCAGCCGGCGGGCCAGGACUUCUACAGUCUGGGAGGGGCGCGAGACCUGCCCCUCUGGGCAGUCCGGCAGGUGCACUACGGGCCAGAAGCGGUGCGCUACACCCUGUACUGUCGGCACGCCUCCUUCCCCCUCGCCGCCGCACUGUACGCCACCAUCCUGGGCCGGGGGCCAGCCGUAGAGCGGGAGGGGUUCGCCUGCUUCGCCCUGUUCCGCCCCCGCCCCGGGUGCGAGGUUCAGCUGGCCCUCAAGCGCCUGCCCCCCGAGGCGCACCCCUCCCGCCUGCCCUCUGCCCUCUUGGAGUUCAGGGUCGACGACCUCCAGCCCCUUCGCCUACAUCUGCCUCACCCCUGCACCCCUGUCGGCGCCCUCCGGUGGCAGACACGGGACCACGAUGGGAACAAGAUCCUGCUGCAGGUCAGAGAGCUCUCUGCUGUGGAGUGCUGGAGCAGCCCUGUUUCCCUCCACUCCUCUCUCAGCUCCUCCAGUCCAAGCUCCCUGUCAGAGGCUUUCAGAUCACACACCUGCUCUCAUGACUGUGGUCAGUGCCGGACCUGGUCACCAGAAACUGUCCAGUCCCAGGCUUCAGAAAGGCCAUAG